UUCCUGAGAGAUAAUGUGAACAAGACAAAGGUUUCUAGAGAGAGAAAUCUGAUGGUAACUCAACUAUUUUGCCCUAAAAAGCCUCACCUUCUCAUUAAAAUUCCAUAUUCCACUCGGGAAAACAACAACGCCAUUUCACUAGACAACAAAAAGCAGCUCUCUCCACGUUACGACAACGUCGCCAUGAAUACUCUUCCAUAACUCAGAGCUCAGCUUUUAAUUGAAUCCUUUCUUUCUAUCUGUGACUGAACCAGAUAAGAACCAGAAGACCUAGAGAAGUCUUUAUAUGAACAGAGGAUUGCAACCGGCAAUCUUUGGAAUUGUCCUGGGAUUCCAUGUGGGCUUUUGAUCAAUUACAAAACCCAGUAAGGAUUCUCUUGUUCUUGGUUUGCUUGGCUAGUUUUUGAAUACAAUGUUUUGUUCUUCAUCUGUGAAUUGGAGAUGAAUUGACGGAGUAUCUGAUUCCUUCUGUAGAUCGGGUAUUUCUUGUUUACUUUAUCAUACUCCUCUGUUUAUUUCACCUUUGCUUUUCCUUCUUCCUGCAUCUAUGAUCUGUUUAAGUUUCUCUCUGAAUUCUAGAUUCCUCCGUGAAGUAAUUUCCUGAUCUCAUAUAUUAUAUUCCAUAUUGGUUCCUUUGUGUUCCCAUAGCUUUUUUGCACCAUUGUUUGAAGAUGAUGGAUCAUCAUCUGUAACAUAUUCCGUGAUGUCACUCUCACCAGGCAUGGGAUCACCGUAUCCUAUGCUUAGAGAGCUAAAGUCUGAGGAGAGGGGAUUGUAUUUGAUCCAUUUACUGCUCACUUGUGCAAAUCAUGUAGCUUCUGGUGACCUUGAAAAUGCAGAGGUUGCCCUUGGGCAGAUCUCUCAACUAGCCUCUGCUAAUGGUGAUACCAUGCAGCGUAUUGCUGCUUAUUUUACUGAGGCACUUGCUCAUAAAGUCAUCAAAGCUUUGCCUGGUGUCCACAGGGCCCUUAAUGCUACUAAAAUAACUUUGGUUUCUGAGGAAAUUCUAGUUCGCAAGUUGUUUUUCGAAACGUUACCGUUCUUGAAAGUGGCUUUUGUGCUUACAAACCAAGCUAUUAUUGAAGCCAUGGAAGGGGAGAAGAUGGUUCAUAUAAUUGAUCUCAAUGCAGCUGAGCCCGCCCAAUGGCUUUCACUUCUUCAAGCUUUAAAUGCACGUCCUGAGGGACCACCCCAUUUGAGAAUUACAGGGAUCCAUCAACAGAAAGAGGUACUGGAUCAAAUGGCUCAUAAACUGACUGGAGAAGCAGAAAGGUUGGAUAUUCCAUUUCAGUUCAAUCCCAUUGUUAGCAAAUUAGAGAAUCUUGAUGUGGAAAAGUUGCGUGUUAAAACUGGGGAGGCUCUAGCAAUUAGUUCAGUCCUCCAAUUGCAUCCUUUUUUGGCCUCAGAUGAUGAAUUGAGGAAGAGAUCACCUGUGCCGUCGAAGAAUUCAAAUGGAAGUCACUUGCUAAGAGCCCUUCAAAUGAACCAAGGGACAUUGGGGGAGUUGCUGGAGAAAGAUAUGGUGAAUGGAUAUAGCCCAAGUCCUGACUCAACCUCAUUGUCGCCACUAUCUUCAACUGCUUCAAUGAAGAUGGAUUACUUUCUCAACAUGCUUUGGACUUUGUCACCAAAGCUCAUGGUGGUAAUGGAGCAAGAUUCUAAUCACAACGGAUCGAAUCUCAUGGAGAGGCUGUUGGAGGCAUUGUACUCUUAUGCAGCAUUGUUUGAUUGUUUGGAAUCAACUGUAUCGAGAACAUCCAUGGAAAGACUCAAGAUAGAGAAGAUGCUGUUUGGGGAGGAAAUAAAGAACAUUGUAGCAUGUGAGGGAGCUGAGAGAAAGGAAAGACACGAAAAACUCGAGAAGUGGAUUCAAAGGCUUGAUUUGGCUGGGUUUGGAUAUGUGAAUUUGAGCUACUACAGUAUGUUGCAGGCAAGGAAGUUGCUGCAAGGUUAUGGUUGUGAUGGUUACAAAAUUAAGGAAGAAAAUGGGUGUGUAGUAAUUUGCUGGCAUGAUCGGCCUCUCUUCUCUGUAUCAGCAUGGAGGUGUAGAAAGUAACAGCACAACAUUCAUCGUAAGAUGUUAACAGUUUUCACAGUUUUUGCCUAAUUGUAUGGAAGAGAUUUUGUUCAUCUGCAAAUCUAUACUUUUAGAAUGAUUUGAAGGCCCUCUUCUUGCAUAUAUCUGCUCAUGACAUGUUUUAUUAAUCUCAUUUUACUUCUGAUCAAAUUAUUGAAAGAAAACCUAUAGCUGAUCUUUGUUAA